UUCGUAUUUUUCUUUUCCUUUUCAAACUUAUCCGAUGCAAUCAACCAAAACAACGCUAAAUUAAUACGCAAAUAUUGCAUAUAAUUCCACGUUCUUUCGUUGCGUUUGCCCCCACCACACUGAAUAUUAUAAUCUAUAAACUCAGAUUCAAAGAUUCACUUCAUUCUCUGAGUUAUUCCCUUUCGUCUCCUACUUCUUCUUCAUCUUCAAGUUUUGAUUUUUCAUCCAAAAAUGGCGUCUUUGAGCUUGACCCAGAUCAGAACCGGGAAUUCAGCAUCUGGGAUUUCGUUGAAUUGUGGUGGAAAGGUUCAAGCACGUCCCUGCAGAGUUGGGUUUAGGGUCUUUGCCUCUGAGAAUAGUAAUAAUAAGACUUCAUCAGAGCCUGAUCUUAGUGUCACUGUUAAUGGGUUAAAGAUGGCAAACCCUUUUGUUAUUGGAUCAGGUCCACCAGGGACCAAUUACACUGUUAUGAAAAAGGCCUUUGAUGAAGGAUGGGGUGCUGUGAUUGCCAAAACUGUAUCACUUGAUGCAGCAAAAGUCAUAAAUGUAACUCCUCGAUAUGCCCGACUAAGGGCAGGUGCAAAUGGCUCAGCCUUAGGGCAAAUUAUUGGGUGGGAGAACAUAGAACUCAUCAGUGAUAGGCCACUUGAAACGAUGUUGAAAGAAUUCAAGCAAUUAAAAGAAGAAUACCCGGACAGAAUUCUCAUUGCUUCAAUCAUGGAGGAGUACAACAAAGUUGCUUGGGAGGAGCUUAUUGAUAGGGUUGAGCAAACUGGAGUUGAUGCAAUUGAAGUAAAUUUCUCCUGUCCUCAUGGAAUGCCGGAACGCAAAAUGGGUGCGGCUGUUGGACAAGAUUGUGCUCUUCUGGAAGAGGUUUGUGGAUGGAUAAAUUCGAAAGCUACAGUUCCUGUUUGGGCCAAGAUGACUCCCAACAUAACUGAUAUUUCUCAGCCAGCCAGGGUUGCCCUUCAAUCAGGAUGCGAGGGAGUAGCUGCCAUAAAUACAAUCAUGAGUGUCAUGGGAAUCAAUCUCAAUACAUUACGUCCCGAGCCUUGUGUUGAGGGGUACUCUACUCCUGGGGGAUACUCAGCAAAGGCAGUCCAUCCAAUAGCACUUGGGAAGGUCAUGAGUAUCGCGAAAAUGAUGAAGUCAGAGUUUGAUAUGGACAAGUAUUCACUUUCAGGCAUUGGAGGUGUCGAGACGGGUGGUGACGCUGCAGAGUUCAUUCUUCUUGGGGCAAACACUGUUCAGGUGUGCACUGGUGUUAUGAUGCAUGGCUAUGGUCUUGUGAAGAAACUAUGUGAUGAGCUUAAAGACUUCAUGAGAAAGCACAAUUUCACAUCAAUUGAAGAUUUCAGAGGGGCUUCUCUUCAGUACUUCACUACUCACACUGAUUUGGUCCAAAGGCAGCAAGAAGCAAUAAGGCAGAGGAAAGCCAUAAAGAAAGGGUUGCAAUCUGAUAAAGAUUGGACAGGUGAUGGUUUUGUUAAAGAAUCUGAAAGCAUGGUUUCCAACUGAAAUCGUCUUCAUCAAUCAAACAAGUGAAAAAUGCAAAGCCUUUCUUUGCAUGAUUAUAUAUAUAUGUUCAUGAAAAUUUGGGUAACAUGGAAAUGAUCCUUUAUAGUUUAUUUUUAGAGACAGGAACUAAUGGAAGUAAAUUUUAAUUUUACUUUUCUUUGGUGCACUUGAGAAAAUAUGAUGUCUAAACUUGAAAGUAUUUUAAUUCUUUUGGGGUGUUAUACCACCAAAUUUCUUGUA